GGCCUACGGAGGCCCUUUCGUGCAGAUUACAAAAGCAGGAAGAAAGCAGCAAGAAGGAGCAUCUCUACGUUUUAUUUAAAUGAAAAUAGAUUAUAAUUCACUGCAUGUCCGUCACAUUAGCCUUUAUCAAGGUGAUCUCUAAAUACGCUUACAUUGUUUUUCAACGGGACCAGACGUUGAAUUGUUACCUCAUCAGUUCAACACCAAGGUCAUAAGGAAGUUCUGGACUUUUCAACACGUGUGGUUUUUAGACAGGGGUUUUUAGACACUACUCCGUUCGAAUCAUGUCUGGACUCAUAAACUUUGAGGACGAAAAGGAGGUGAAGCAGUAUUUGGAUAACAUAGGUGUGGAAUUCAGCUACCAGUGUUACAGAGAGAAGGACCCUGAAGGUAAGGCAUGACGUGCACUGUGUUAUGCAGCGCGGAAGUGAGUGAUGUUCAGCUAAUGGUUCAUCAUUCGCUGUCCCCUAACUGGGGUUCUGAACCACUGAUUGUGCAUGGUGUUAAGGUGUCUUUAUGUCUCAUGGAGUACUAUAACCUUCACACUGUCUAACUCAUUAUUGUGGCUAACCUCAUGUAUUCUGUUGUCAGGGUGUCAAAGGCUUGCUGACUACAUGGAGGGAGUGAAGAAAAACUUUGAGUCUACCGCUCAGGUGCUCAAACACAACUGUGACACUAAUAAACAUGGUGAAAGUUGCUACAAGCUCGGGGCUUACUAUGUCCAAGGCAAAGGUACAUGACUACACCAGUCUAAACUUAAUCCCAUUCACUAGCAGAUUACAACAGCAAAGCCUGAGACAAUUUGCAUUUCUCAGCUAGACAAAUAAAACAUUUAAAGAUUAGAUUAGAGUAAGUGUGGCUUUGGCAUGACAAAAAUGUGUUAAGACAUGUAAUCUUAUUAAUAAGAAAUAUUAGGAUGAUAAGAAAGUACUGACAGACAGAGAGACCCUGAAUACAUUCCCCAGGUGGUCAAGCUCAACAUGUUCUAAAUCUCUCCAUCAGGGGGAUUAGCAGAGAAUCUGAAAAUGGCCUACUCCUGCUUCAUGACGGCCUGCAGCAGUGGCGGUAAGAAGUCUGUGGACGCGUGUCACAACGUGGGUCUCCUCGCCCACGACGGUCGAGCCAUGGAAGCCGGCCCUGACCCGGGGGCAGCUAGGCAGUACUAUGAGAAGGCAUGUACAGGGGGGUUUGCACCCUCCUGCUUCAACCUUAGUGCCAUGUAUAUUGAGGGCUCCCCGAGGCUCAGUAAGGACAUGGGCCUGGCUCUGAGGUAUGCCACGAGGGCCUGUGAGCUAGGACACGUCUGGGGCUGUGCCAACGCCAGCCGUAUGUAUAAACUGGGAGACGGGGCGGAGAAGGACGAGAAGAAAGCAGAGGAACUUAAGAAUAGAGCAAAAGAGCUGCACUUCCAAGAGAAAGAGAGGCAGCUCAAGUUUGGGGAAUGAAGGGGUCGGUCAGAGGGUGGUCGCUUCAAUAAAUCUUUGUUCCAAAUGGACAAUUUGUUUUGAAUGAAUGUCCAGGGUCAGGUGGUGCUUCCUCAUGGGCUGUUUGUGUGCGUGUGUAACCUUACAUGCUACAUAGACAUGUCUGCUUAGUGCUGGCCAAAGGUGGAAUAAUUCACUAGUGUAUGUUUUAACCUGUGUAUGGAUGGUUUAUAUAGGGCUUCGUAAUACAUGUACAUGUUUUUUUUUCUCUACGGGGGACCAACUCAAUCUGUCCAUCCUAUGAGAUUGUCCAUCUCGACAUGGAGGACAUAUUCUCAGUCCAACAAAUCUGCCUGAACAUUGACAACAACUUGACUUGAUUAAAAGGAGUACACGCAAACAGCUCAGUUCAUGUGGCGUCAUUAUAGUUAUGAGUCCAUGGUGGAGAGUAUCUCGUCCUAUAUGGACAGUGGAAAAAUGGUGCUGUUCAAGGUUGAUUGCGUCACAAUGCAG